AUGAGGGACUCAGAGAUCACGGCACUAGACAUGACCGUAUUUCGACGUAACAUCCCGGCUCCGUCACAAAUGGGCCCGGUCUUGGGAAGAAGCUCGUACAUUGACGAUAUCGCUCAUGGGGCGUCGACCUGGGAUCAACUAUGUGAAGACCUGGAUGCGUUGUUAUAUAGACUACAAUACUGGAAUAUCUCUGUGAGCUUACCGAAAAGUGAAUUCGGGAAGUUGACCAUCCCAUUCCUCUCUCAUGAAGUGAGCGUUGACGGAAUCAGGGCCUUGUCAAUAGAGGAUCUACCGUUCCCGUCGACGUACAAGGGGGUGCAGUCCUUCUUAGGAAGCCUGAACUAUUACAAUAAGUUUAUUGAAGACUUACCAGUAGUUGCCGCUGUGCUCUAUGAACUAGACGAAGAACGUGUACGUGCUGGACGGAACCUGGAAGCCGCAAAGGAGUCUUUCGAGAUACUGAAACGCAAGAUCGUGUCGACCCCGCUAUUGCGACAUCCAGACAGAACCAAGCCUUUCGUGAUAAUUCCGCAUGCCAACCCGUGGGCGGCGUGUGCAGUUCUGGGUCAGGAGCAUGAAGGAUUCAUACACCCCGUGCGAUUUACGGGUAGACUGUUGAAGGAAUCAGAGCUACGUUACCACAUAGCUGAGAAGGAAGUGCUCGCAAUCUUGCGGACUCUGGAAGUUUUCAGACCUCUGAUCCAUGGAUCAGAAUUCCCAGUUGUGGUGUAUACGCGCUACUCUGUACUAAAGGAACAUUUAGAUGAAGUUGCAGAAACCCUGAUUCCCGCCAAGGGGCGUCUGAAAGUGAUGCCACCAGUGAGUCUCGAAAUGUUGGAAGCAGCCUACCAAGGCUACGUUCUGAGUUUAGAUGGCGCUGCGAAGGUUUCCACUCGCCGAGGAAGUUGUGGAUGCAUACUGUGGAAGCUGCCAGGAUGGCAGGUUGUGAAAGCUGAGGGACACAUCCUUGAAGGUGUGACGGUCAACGACGCUGAAUACCAUGGUCUGAUUCUGGGACUAAAGCUCGCUAUGAAGUACGAUGUCAAGGAGCUUGUGGUAGUCGGUGAUUCUCGAAUCGUCGUCCAACAGGCUCAGGGUCUGAUUAAUCGCAACCAGCCCAACCUGCAACGACGCUUAGCUGAGUAUGAAGAUCUCAGGAAGGAUUUUGUGUCAGUCAAAUGGAUUCAUGUUAAACGUGAGUUUAACCAAGCGGCUGACUACCUGACCUCUAAGACUCUUGUGCUCGGAGAAUCCGGGGAACUCAAUGACCCUGAUGAGAUAGUGCAUCUACGCCUCGUGUCUAGAAUUCCCGAAAAGAUCAUGAAGCCUUCGGAAAUCCUAGGCACCCCUGUGACGGAUACGGUUCGCUCGGAUCAAGUCAAACUCGAAGCGGAUAGUCCUGAUACCGGGAUACCUGAGCCAUUAGCUACCGCGGCGGAAGCAUUGAAGGUGAUGACGAGGGCACGUACGGAAGCGGACGCAGGUUCUUGGACUCCUGUAGUCCAGUCCGGAUACCAGGAGGAACGUUGGAGGAGAAUUAAGGUUCACCAAGACGAAGACAUGUGGAUUCAGCAAUUGAAGAAGGUCCUAAAAGGAGACGUGUCAGAUCUUCCACGGAACCAGGUCAAGAAGAUUGCGAAGGUCUCCGAGCAGUUUGUGUUGGAUUUGUGA